AAAAAAAGGGUUGCAUUCUAACUAAUAAUCAGUGUUACCUUACUUACAUAUUUCACAAAAGAACCAAAAGAAAUAAAGAAAACAAAGAAUACCCCAAUGACAGGAAAUAUAUAACACAUUAGUUUUCCGCAUAUAAUUCCUUUCUGCAUUGGGGGCCUUCGGCCGCGCUUCAAAAAAAUAACCUUCGGUCGGACCAACACCUGGGCGUGCUCAGUUCCUUUGCGUUCAACAACUCCUUUCUGCGUUGGCGAUCCAACACCGGGAUUUAUCAAGAUAAUGAGAAUUCGGAAAGAUUUUACAAUACUCAUCACACGAUAAUGAAUUUAGUUACGACGCCAUAUUCUUUCUUUUUUCUUAUUUUUAUUCUAUUACAAAAUAUGGUAACACUAAUUUUUUGUUGUUUACAACCAUUUUCUUAUUUUAUGAAAAAAUGGAUUUUAACUAAAGUUUGAUAUGGAAUUAAAGUUACUUAUGCACUAUUUAAUAUAAAAUAAAUGAUUAGAAACUAAUUAGUGAAGUGUUUGUGGAUAUAAAAGUAUAAAAUAUAGCUGUGAAAUGCAUUAUAAAUCGGAGAAACACGCAUUUUAAAUAGUUGAUUUUUUGAACUUUAAAUGCAAAUAUCUCAAAAACCAUAAGUCAGCGGCAACUAUAUGUGUAUACAUUUUUGAUCUGGAUCUGAUCCUCUAUCCGUACAUACCCAUUUUAACCCCGAAAUCGGAGGAUGCUAUUCUAAAUCGCAGCCUAAAUAAUUUGCUUUUGCUGGUAUAUUAUUCGUGUGUAUGAAAAUACACGUGAGUUCAUCGAUAGGUAAUACAAUAUCAUUUCUGGGUACAUCCAUCCUAAUGGAAAGCACAUCCUUAGUUAGUCUGCGCUCUAAAUUGUGCAGUUGUUUGCAAAUACUACGCCUUUAUGAUUGGCUUGUAAAUUCAUAUAUAUUGCAAAGGAGUUUUAGUUAUUUUUUCAAGCACUUUAAUUUACAGGAUUUUUACAUUGAUAAUCAUUGGAAUAAGUUGCCGGAAAGUUGGCGGCUACAUUUGGAACAGUUACAUCCUGAAGAGUUGGCUACUCUUUUAAAUUAUAACAAGUUUAGCAAGCAGAAGCAUGCUGUUUGGCCAUUGUCAUUAUUAGCUUUACGUCACUUAUUAUUACAAUUGAGUAUACCAAGAAAUCAAUCUACAAAUUCAAUCGAUUUGAGUGUAUCGCAGAGGCCUGUUCUCAGCGACAGAAAGCUUGGGCAUGCAUUUAAUAAAUGCGUUAAACCUAAGAAGCGCCAUGAAAUACAGUUAAUGGCAUCUAUUUGUGAAUACAGCUGUCAAAUAUCGCCAGUUGAUUUUGUUGUGGAUUUCGGCGCGGGCUUAGGGCAUCUCGCACGAUUACUUGGUUAUGGCUACGGUGUACGAGUUUCUUGUAUAGAAAUGCGUUCAGAACUUAAUUUACAAGCACGCUGUAUUGACACAAAAUUGGAAAGUGUUCUUCAAAAACAUUUACCAUCAGAGAAUCUACCGUGUUUUAAACGACCAAAACAUGUAACAUUAUGCAUAACACCAGACAUGCAACCACAUCAGUUUCUUCAUAUAAUUGCGGAAUCACAACAUAAGACAAAUACAAAUUUUAAGUUUGGGAUAAUUGGUUUACAUCCCUGUGGUGAUUUAGCAGUUAUAUUAAUGCGUAUGUUCACAAAUAUUCCUCAGGCUCGUUUUCUUAAUUUUGCUAGUUGUUGUUAUAUGAAAUUAACUACGGCUGAAACACAAUCUAAUAUUAAACUACAAGGAUACCCUCUUAGCCAAUACUUAUUAAAACAACAGGAAUUCUCGUUUUUGAGUUAUGAAGCUCUUGAGAUAUCUUGUCAUGGUAUGGAAAUAUAUUGCGAUCGUCUGGCUAGAGGUGAUUAUGAAUAUUUAAAAGUACAUUCUUUUCGAGCGGCGGCAGAGCGAAUCAUUAUUAACCAAUGGCCCAAUUUAAGACAUUGUGGGCUACGAAGUGUUAAGCAUGUUCCUGGUAUGGACUUCGAAGAUUAUUUCUACAAAGCGACUCAAGGAGUUGAGGCGUCCAAUUUACCACGUUCUGAUUUGCAAACUACAACAACUCAAAAUGAUUUACUUCAUUGGCAACGAAUUGUUAUUUUUUACACUCUCCGACUUAUGUUUGCACCGCUAAUAGAGAGUAUAAUACUUUAUGAUCGGGCUUUAUAUCUUCAAGAAAAUGAGUGUCAAGUAAAUAUUAAAGCAGCUUUUGAUCCUCGCAUAUCCCCGCGGAAUCACAUAACUUGUUCCUUCAAACUCAAAUAAUCUUGUUGAUGUUAUUUAAUAUUUUCCAUACAAGUUCCGCUACAGUAAGUUAUUGCCAUGCUGGAAAAUAUAGAAAGCUUAAACCUUAUACAUGUAAUAAAUGAUAAAUUAAAUUCUGCCAAUUUAUAAUUAAA